AAUCAUAGCUAAGUGGGGCGGGGCCGAUCGUAAAACGGGUGGAAAAGAAAAGGCAGAGAGUGAGGCAGGCGAAGCUCAAUGAUACGACGAGGGCGAACCAGGAUGCUAACACACUACGAAGAAGGCAUCUUUACAUAGUUUGACGUGGCUGUCUUGAUGCGGUGGCUAAUUGAAGAGAUCUGGUGGAGAGAGUCUGAUGGCCUCAGUGGAGCUGCUGUGUCUAGAUAAAGAAAGGCGAGAUGGUCCAGACUGGGCUUCCAGUGCUGUGCACGUUCACCGGUCCCAAAGCGCAGGUGACGAAAGUCCAUCCGAGCAGCAUGGAUGCAGUCCAAAAAGCAAGGCUGCUGUGUCAGAGCGCCGGUGUAAUUCAGCCCCGAGGACAGCUCCCGUCAAGGGACUGCCUGGUAAGCACUGUCAUCCACCGGUGGAGAAGGUCAGAGUGUGCUGUGACCAGGAGCUGGAGACCUCUUUCACUUACGUCGACGAAAAUGUCAACCUGCGACUGGCCACCCCUGACAAGAGUGAUGGCACACCCUGCCUGGGUUCCUCGAACGAGAUGCAUCUGGAUGGACUCCAUGAGCUCUCCUUGAUGUCUGACCUGGCGUCUGAGAGCGUAGGAAGGCCGGUGGAUUAUGGCUUCAUCAGUGCCGUCACGUUCCUAGUGGCCGGGAUCAUUCUGGUGAUCAUCUCCUACGCCGUGCCACGUGAAGUAAACGUGAACCCAGACAGCGUCUCGGCUCGAGAGAUGGAAAGACUGGAGAGGGAAAGCGCCAGGGUAGGGGCGCACCUGGACAGGUGCGUUAUCGCUGGCCUUUGCCUGCUCACUUUGGGCGGGGUGGUGCUCUCCACUCUGCUCAUGGUGUCAAUGUGGAAGGGGGAGAUGUACAGGAGAAAGGCCUUCGCAUACUCCAAGCACUCUACAAAAUUAUACGGCUCCAUUAAUCUUAGAUCGAAGUCGAGCCCCGGGCGGUCGCCCUCACACAGCGUUGUUGAGGAGGAGAAUGGCGAAAGCAUUAGCUGACUAUUAUUUCUGUCUCUAAGCAUUUAUCCCAAUCACUUCAUCAAAACACAGACUUAACAACAGAUCUGUAAAGGUUGUAUUUUCAUCACACUUUUAAAGUCUUAUAAUAGCCUGUAGUUUUUGACGUUUUUUUGACAUUUUUAAACACAUCUCUCAGUGUCAUUUGCUUAUGGAAUAUAACUCAGAUAUGCAAUAUCAUACUGUCACUUUCAUUUAACCAAGAGAAUCAUUUCCCCUUCUUUCCCUGCAAAUUGUAACUAACUCGUCUUUUUGGGGGUCAGGGUAAGUUGGGGGUUUUAAGGCUGCACAUAAAAUCUGACAGUGGUUCCAACUAAACUCUGCCCACAAUGGCACCUUUCAAAUAAGUGAAUAUUGGCUCAGCAGUUGACAUGUCAGUCUUAUCUGCUGCUGUCCUGACAAUCUUUCCCAACUCCUUAUUCCUUUGUUCAUUUUAAAGUGACAUUUUAGCCUUAAAAUCAUCAUGACACAUCUUUGUCCAAAAUGAGGGCUAGGUUUAGUGGUCUCAAGUAGUGACCCAGGCCCUAGAUCUAGAGGAGCACCACAAUCCAAGUGUCAUAAGACCUACUUGGAUAUUUAUGACCAUAGAGUCUGCUGCUGGGUGUCUUUUCUCAGUCUAAACAUUAUAUGCAAACACUGUAUUUCGUAGCAAAUAUGAUUCAUGCAAAAAAUUAUACAGCUUGCCUGAAGAGCGUUCAUUAAUAAUUCAUGGGAAUGGACAGCUGCUAAAUGUCUUGGUUGUUUUGAGGGGUUUUUGUUCCAUUAAUUUGAGUAUGUUUUCCCAAAUGAUUACCACAUGAUAUGUAAAUCACAGUGUAGUGUGCAAAAGCAAGUCACAUAAGCGUUAUGCUGCAUGCAUUUCAUUAAUGAAUAUUAUCUUCACUCAUGUUACAUUAAAAUUACACAACUGAAUGUAAACAUUAAUGUAUAUCAACAUGCAUUUUCUUUACCUUAAUCAGUGAACCUGAUGUAACGUCUGUAACAUAAAAGAUGACUAAAACAUG